AAAAGACGUUAGAUUGAGCGGUAUGGUGGUUGAAACCUCCGUCUUGUUUCGAUGAACUCGAGGAAAGGGGUUUGUACUUAACACUUAACAAAACACUCACACAGCACUCUCUUCAAUUGAAACAAACCGAGUGCGAUGAUGGCUCACCUUCUCCACACACCAUUCAUCCCUUCCUCCUCCACCCUCCGCCGCACCCACAUUCCCCACCGCAAAACGACAACGCCGCUCGUCGUUCGGGCCAAGAUCCGCGAGAUUUUCAUGCCCGCCCUCAGCUCCACCAUGACUGAGGGAAAAAUCGUCUCCUGGAUCAAAUCCGAAGGCGACAAACUCUCCAAGGGCGACAGCGUCGUUGUCGUUGAGUCCGACAAGGCCGACAUGGACGUCGAAACCUUCUACGACGGCUACCUCGCCGCCAUCGUUGUCGACGAAGGCGGUACCGCCGCCGUUGGAUCCCCCAUCGCCUUCCUCGCCGAGAAUGAGGACGAGAUUCCUCAAGCCAAGUCCAAAGCCUCCUCUUCCUCUUCCUCUUCCUCUUCUUCCUCACCCGCACCUGCACCUUCACCAACAGCGGAAUCUCAACCGGAGAAGGUUGUUUCGGCGCCUGUUUCUGCGGCGCCGGCUCCGAUCGUUGUUUCCAGCCAUCCCGCGUCGGAGGGAGGGAAGAGGAUUGUUGCGUCACCUUAUGCGAAGAAGCUCGCCAAGGAGUUGAAGGUGGAGCUUGGGAGGGUCGUGGGGACCGGACCGAUGGGGAGGAUUGUGGCUAAGGAUGUUGAGGCGUUUGCGGCUGCCGGGAAUGCUGUGGUGGCGGCAGCGCCAGAGAAGAGUGCGGCGGCUGCUGGGGUUGAGUUGGGAACUGUGGUGCCUUUCACCACAAUGCAGAGUGCUGUGAGUAGGAACAUGGUGGAGAGUUUGGCAGUUCCUACUUUCAGAGUUGGUUACACCAUUACCACGGAUGCACUUGAUGCCCUGUACAAGAAGAUCAAGUCAAAGGGAGUUACCAUGACAGCAUUGCUUGCCAAGGCUACUGCACUUGCGCUGGUUAAACACCCUGUUAUGAACUCUAGUUGUAGAGAUGGUAACAGCUUUACAUAUAAUAGCUGUAUCAAUAUUGCAGUUGCUGUGGCUACGGAUGGCGGAUUGAUUACACCGGUGCUUCAGGAUGCUGAUAAGGUUGAUGUCUAUUCAUUGUCAAGAAAGUGGAAAGAGCUGGUUGAUAAGGCCCGAGCCAAGCAGCUGCAACCUCAUGAGUACAACACUGGUACUUUCACUCUUUCCAACCUGGGAAUGUUUGGUGUUGAUCGCUUUGAUGCUAUUCUGCCACCUGGAACUGGAGCAAUAAUGGCUGUUGGAGUGUCACAGCCAACUGUGGUGGCUACCAAGGAUGGUCGCAUUGGCAUGAAGAACCAAAUGCAGGUCAAUGUUACGGCAGAUCAUCGAGUAAUCUAUGGUGCUGAUGUAGCUUCUUUCUUGCAAACCCUGUCACAGAUUAUUGAGGACCCUAAAGAUCUUACUUUCUAGUCUCAUUUUCCUAACAAAGUGAACAUGUUCCUCUCGAUUAUUAUUCCUCUCAUCAUGUUUGUGGAAUUAUUUAUCGUUGACAAGCAGAAAUUGAGGACCCAAUUACUAUCCACUCGGGAUUUUACAAAGAACAGGAGAAGAGUUUUGAAUAGGAAAUCUGAGCUUUAGUUUCUUAAAUGAUAUUUUCAGUUGAUUGUGCCAUUUACAUUUUUCUUUAAUGCUGUCUGAUAGAUUUUUUUUGUCCUUU